AUGAUGAUGUUUGCAUGCUCCAUUUAUGGCGGACACGGCAGUCUUGGAUGGCGCAACUUUGGCUACAAUCUUGGCGACAUGACUGCUGUUGGACUUAGGAUAUCUGAACCGUCCAGGGGACACUACUCUGACAUCACCUUCCUUCUGAUGCUGGGGGACUUGAGCAGCCAACCUGUGGUCUCCUCAAUCACUGUUUCGGAGACUGGUCAGGUGCUGCCGCAAUAUGGUGGAAACAUCUUCGUCUACGUGGGGGUACCUGUCACGCUGUGUAUGUGUUGUAGCUGGCCGCUGAAAAGGCUUCUCGAGAUGCUGGUGGAGCACUUUUAG